AUGGGUGUGGUGGUCAACAAAAUCCACCCGGAGUACGUCUCCGGAGGAUGUAAUCACUCCGCGCACGCUUUAGAUGCGGAUUAUUCUCAGAAUGUAAUCGUAUACGCGUCGAAUAAGAACGUUUUCGAGUUGCACAUUUCUUCGGGUGGAGUCGCGACGAUUUUGGGCGACGGCGUCGGUGCUGGUGGUUCCGACGCAAAAGAACGACACCACGAAGCGCCGGUGACGUGCGUGAAGAUUGUCGAGAAGAAGAAUGUAUCAGAUAACGAGAAUAAUACGAACGCGGUUAUCGUCCUCUCCGCCGACGCGAGCGGGACAGUCAUCGCGUGGGAGGCUGUUGCAGAAAAAGAAGACGCCAGAAAAAGAAAAUGGAUACCGAGAGCGAAUAAUGAGCACUCGUUCGGUCCAAUCACGCAAAUUGCCGCGAAACGCGAGACGAGUGAUUCUGUCAUCGUAGCUACGGUUGCCGCGGACGAUUACGUGCGUUUGUGGAAUCUAAAUGUCACAAACUGGACGAUGGAACAAGUCGGCGAGAAGGCGUUCCCUUCGCAACAUCGACCGAUGUGCGUGGACGUUUCCGAUCGUAUUUCUUCUACUACUACUACUACUACUAUUACUACUCCAUCAUCGUCUUCGAGUAGGUUUGUCGCGGUUGGAUGUGCGGAUGGUACAACGCGCGUAUACGCCGUAGAUACGAAGGCGGCGACGGAUUUCGAGUUUAUAACGGAAUUGGUUGGUCACGACGAUUGGGUUCGAGACGCAAAGUUUCAAUCUUUGACGAGCGAUAGUGAAAGUGAUAGUAAUAUGACUUUAUAUUUAGCCACAUGCAGCCAAGAUAAAAACGCGAGAGUUUGGAAAAUUGUCAUCAGAAACGAUACUUUAGGAGAAAGCGAAUCAACGAAUACGCGUUUGCCGUUUGAAACUUUAGCGGCGCCGCCGCGACCGCCUUCGGAAGUUUUAGGAGGCGCACGAGUGGACUUCCAGUUGGAAGCAUUACUUUGCGGACACGAAGACUGGGUGUUCACGUGCGCGUGGCGACCAUUGUCAGAGAAUAGUGACAAUCCUGUCCCAUCUUCUUUGCAUCAACAGCUUCUAACGGCAUCGGCAGAUCGCUCGGUAAACUUAUGGUCUCCGUCGAUGAAUGACGAGGCUGAUAGUAUGGGAACAUCACUUUGGUUUUCGUUAGCAUCGCUCGGGGAAGCUGGUGAAAACUGUCUUGGAUAUCGAGGCGCUUCGUUUUACGGUAGAAACUGUUUUAUUGCCCACUCGCAAUCUGGCGCGUUGCACGCUUGGGAGUUUAUCGAAGAGUUACAAUCGUGGGAAUCGCUUCCGGUAAAUUCUGGGCACACGGAUAAAAUUCGAGCGUUGGUUUGGGACAACGACGGUAGAUAUUUCUUAACGGGAUCCGAAGAUCACACGACGAGGUUGAUUGGGUAUUGGAACGAAGACGCUUGUCGCAACACAAAUAGAAUUCAAACGCCGAAAGGGUGGCGAGAAAUUGCUAGACCGCAAACGCACGGCCACGCGAUAUCGUGUUUAGCAUUCGUGCCUCCGCCCAAGAAUAGGCAGUCUGGACAGACUAGCAGCAACGAUAGUCAAAAUAGUCAAAAUAGUAGUAAGAGUAGUCAAUCAUUUAUUUCAGGCUCGAGCGAAAAAGCUCUCCGUGCGUUCCGAGCACCUCGAGUGUUCUGGGAGCGCACGAAGAUUGGAAAUAUGAACGUCGACAACGUGGACGUUUUGAUUGUUUCUGGUGAAGGCGCCGCCGAAGCUUCCGCGCUCGGUUUAUCAAAUAAAGGCGUGCACAACACCAAUAAUAACAACAACGAAAAUGUAGACGCGAACGUAGAGUUACUCCAAGAAGAGCUUUCGAAAGCAAAUUUAGAUGUAAAACACGGCGGCACGAUUGUUGAAGAGUACUUGGCGACGAACACGUUGUGGCCGGAAACGUCAAAACUGUACGGUCACGGCGACGACGUUUUCUCCGUCGCCGCGCAUCCGAGUGGAAAGUUGCUAGCGUCUGGUGCAAAAGGAACGAAGGAGUCGACGGCUGAAAUCUUACUCUGGGAGCACAACGAAACGCACAACGAUUGGCGGAUGGUGGAAUCGCUGUUAGGACCGACGCUCACAGCAGUCGCUUUGGAAUUCUCAAACGAUGGAGGGACGUUAAUUGUCGCCUCGCGAGAUCGACACGCCUGCGUAUUCACUCGGAUUUCCGACGAUUCUAAGGAUUUAUCUGAAGGAUGGUUGUUAACGAACCGAUUUAAAGCGCACGCGCGAGAGAUGUACGAUUUGGCGUUCUUGAACGAUAGCCUCUUCAUCACGGUCGGACGCGACAAAAAAGUAAACGUGUGGCAAAUAAACGCGUCUUCGUCGUCCUCGUCUUCAGAAGAAGAAAUGAAACCAUCGUGGUCGUCCGACUCCGCGUGUUCGUCUGCGCCGACGUGUGUGAGUGUUUUGAACGACGUAACCUUCGCCACCGGGCACGAAAACGGUUCGAUUAAAAUCUGGACGCGAAAGGGCAAAGACGACGACGACGACGAAGACAGCGUGAAGUGGAGCGUCGCCGGUGAUAUUCCAAACGCUCACCGCGCCGAAGUGACGAAAGUAGCUUUUAAACCGUCGUCAUCAGAGAUAGUUUUAGCCACGUGCGGUGCCGAUCAUGUCACGAGAGUCUACCGCAUAACAGAACUGUGA